AUGCAUCCGAAAUUAAUGCCAGUAGAGGAUAUCACCUGGCAAUUGAAAGAAGCAAGUCAGCAAUUGCCACCGGGAUCAUAUUUCCCGUUUAGAGUCCACCUCGAAGACUGGUUUACGAUUGAAAAACACACGACAAUAAGGGCAUUCUACAAGAAUAAUCAAAUAUAUACCGUCUUACUUUUUCCUCUAAUCACACCACCGCUCUACGAGAUAAUGAGCGUUAUUGAAUUUCCUGUGCUCACGCGCAAGAAUAUACUCACAUCAGUAAGAGUCGACAAUAAAAUAAUAGCAGUAGACAAAGAAAGAGUGAACUACAUGCUUUUAGAUGAAGAUUAUCUGGCAAAGUGUACUUCUACCAAUUUACAGGCCUUUGUAGAUACGGAGCGUUGCUCUCCUCAGGGCCUUCGUCUAUACCUGCUUGGCAGGGCGUUAACUAUCUACGGUAAAGAGUCAACCGACACCCUGCCGCGGAAAGGUUUCCGGGGUCGUCGCGACCCAGCCCGUCGAGCAACUCCAUAUCCGGUGGAGACCAAUGCGCUGCCUUCUCCUACCACGGCUCCUGCUCCUGAGAUCAAGGCGCUGCCUUGUUCAUCUCGAGCUCCUGCUCCUGAGACCAAGGCGCUGCCUCCUCUGACUACGGCCUCGGCACCGACUCCUGUUUCUGUGACCAAGACGAAGAAUCGCAUCCUGAUUACCAAGGUAGAAACUCUACCUCCUGGGAAACGUAUCCUGCAGACUAAGUCCAAGACGAAGUGGAGAUUCACCCUGAUUUCCAAGUGGGGUCAUACUGACCCAGCAACACUGAAAUCGGUGGAAAUCAAGUCACCAUCUAUUCCAAGUCCGACUCCAGUCCUACCGAGCCCUACACCAGCUAUAACUCCUGUUCCUGAGGCUACGACGCGGGAUCCGAUCCUAACCUCCAAGGUAGAGACCUUCCUACCUUGGAAGCUCGUACCCAUCUCUACUCCGGCUCCCAAGGACAUACCGGCUUUUGAGAUCCAGGCGAGGGACUCUAUACCGAUCUUCAGGAUAGAAACCUUCCUACCGUGA